AUGGGGAAGAGUGGAUGGGGCAUGGGUAAGGGACAGACACGAUCGCAGAAUUGCCGGAUAGCACCCCCGGAAUUCGAGUGGAGGGCUUGCGAAAGCGUCGUGCACGACGUCGGCGUAGGAAAAAUCUUUAACGAGGACGGAGAAAACUUGUCGGAAACGAAAAAUCCUGUACUUCACUCGAUGCCGUGUAAAAUUUAUGCCGACGAUAAUGCCAAUGUUAACACGUAUUUUAAAUCUUAUAUCAAGAAUAUCGAUGAUGAGAAUUUCAAAUCAUCGUUCAGGGGUUAUCCACUUCAAGGAAAAAAGAUUUCCGUACCUAAAGGAUAUAUGGGAGUAACGUUCUUUGAAUAUAAGAAGCCAGAAACCGAUGAGACGGAGCGUAACAUUUAUGCAACAGGUACAUUUACAGAAUUUACAUAUUGGAAUUAUGACAAGAUACCAUCGAAGAACGACGCCCUUAUAUCUGCACUCGAUUGGGUAGAUAUUGCAGAAGCGUUACAUUCGACUGAAAAUGAAACUACAUCGAGUUAACGGAUAAAUAAAUAUAGACUCUCGUUUAUAGAUAAUAAUUUUUUAUUUCUUA